UCCGUGUUUAUUAAUCACCAAUCUCUAACAUAAAUAAUCAACUGUAAACUAUUGUCGCAAACAUACCUAUUAUUAAAACAUAAACUUGCUGACUCCACAGCAGCGCAUUUUUUUUCGCCACAACCCGACUCAGUUCCAACGUCCGACCCAACAAUGCUCUAUGCGUUCGUUCUCCUCUUUUUCUGGCCCACAUCCUUCGGCCAGCACCUCACCGACGAAGCAAUCUAUACAAUAAACGGCAAAAAAUCCCUCCACACAGUCAGCGAGAAAUUCGUGAGCUUUUCGAUCGAUCCUGCUGUUCUGCUCACCGGCUUGAAUUUGAGUGACACCACCGUACAGAUGGCAAGGCGUCUGGCACCGGCCUACGUCAGAAUUGCCGGGCCGUCGACACAAUUUGUCAAAUACGACGAGGAGAAUUCAUGGAACGAUGUAGAAAAUGGGUUUGUUGUAGUCACACCGACGAUGUGGUUCGGGAUAAAUGAGUGGCUGGCGUCGGCCAAUCUUACUCCUGUUUUCGGAAUUAAUGAUGGGGUGGCUGGGAGGGAAGGGUGGAACCCUCAGGAAGCGAUGGAGGUAUUGGACAUGGCGGAUAAAUUUAACGUUAGCUGCUAUUGGCAGCUGGGAUAUGAUUGUUCAAACAAAACAGAGAGCCAGUACGUAACAGAUCUAAAACGGUUACAGCACGUUUUGGAUGCAUUUCCAAACAAGAAAAACCAGUGGAAAAUCGUUGGAAGCGAUUUGCGUCAAUGCGUUUCAGAUUCUAAAAAAAAUCUAGACGAUCUAAGUGAUGUUUUGACAGCAGUAGUACUGGAACCAACAACCAUCGACAAAAAUCAACUUUUAACCCAUCUCACCGACAUCUAUUUAAAACCAAAAGUACCCUUAUGGAUCGCUUCUUCAAAAUGCACACAUCCUGUUUCUUUUGCUUCUGCCAUUUUCUGGGCCAAAGAAAUGGGCGAAGCAGCUAAAAACGGGUACGAAGUCAUUCUCAAACAACCCCGCCUUCACGAAAUCUAUUCCGAAACUCCGCCUUUUUGGGUUUCGGUACUCCACAAAAUGUUGAUGGGUCGGAACGUUCUGGACGCUAAGGCCACCAUUGGGCAGUCUGAAUUGUCACUGUAUGCUCAUUGUACUAGACACCAAAACGACUUCAACAGAAGCGGAGCUAUGACGGUACUUGCCAUCAACAAUGCUACUUCUAACCAUACUUUUCUUUUGAAAUUUGGUUCAGCUUUGUUGAAAAGUGCUGAAGUUCAGUCGUACGUUUUGACAGCGGAGAGUGAAGACGCUACGGAUGUUUUCCUAAAUGGUGAAAAGCUAAGUUUGGAUAAGAUUGUAGACGAUAAAGCAAACUUUUUACCAAAGUUGAGGCGCGCACGAAUUAUGAAUUACUUAUCCUUGUUUUUGCCCCCAAAGUCGGUGGGGUUUUUUGUUUUACCAGGGGCUCAAAUUCCUGUUUGUAUGGGCGAAGAUGCGGAUUUAAAACUUCUGAUGGAAGAAAUUAAAGAAGAUCAAAAUAUUCCUUUUUCUGAUAACGAAAUCUCGGUUGAGGUUACUCCUCGUUUCGCUUUACACAGAUCGCCCACGCUACGAGAAUUACAGGAAGGAAUGGAGAAAGAACUAGAGUCCGAUGAACGUUACUAUAAGCAGAUAAAGAUGAAGAAAAAAAAAGGUCAUGAUGAAGUCGACGGAAGAAAUUUGUUUCUUCACAGAAUGAGGCAUAGGCAAAAUGAAGAUAAGAGACUUAUUUUAGGACAUGAUAAUGUAAAACACGAGGAAAUUAAACACGUUGACUUAAUACAUCAACCACGUAAAGAAGAACCUAAGAAGAUCUUCGAACUCGAGUUGACGAGUGAAGAAAUCCGGAGAGUGCUUUCUGACAGAGCGAAGGCUAAAGCUGCGAAGAAAAAUAUAAUCUUCACAAGCGAAGAACUGGAAGAAAUUAUGGAUAAAGCGACACAGAAAUUCCUUAAUAAUAAGAACGCCUCUAUACGGAUUCGGAAAAAGUCAAAACGUGAAGCAACACGUGACAAGAAAGACAUCAACAUGCGUUUGUUGAAACUGAAGUCUUUCGGAGACAGAAGACGAUUAUUGAAAGAAUCUUUGAGGAACAGAAAGUCCAAGUUUAACACACCUGCAACCGAACGCCAAAAAAGGGACAUUAAUAUGGACUUGCUCAAACUGAAAACUGAAUUACACACCAACAAUAAAUACAAAAAAUUAAAGAAGACAUUUGAAAACAAUGAAGAAAAACAAGCAACAGUUCGACAACCAGGUCAAACUUCUGAGGAGUUCGUGGAAUUUGAGGAAGAAGAAGAAGAAGGAGUAGAGAGUCCUUUGCCAGAUGGAGAUGUUUUUGCAGAAUUGGCCGAACCCGACGAUGAGUUCAUGGUAACUACAGAGAAGACUAAAACGAGUUUUAAGGCAAAAAAUUUACAUAAUUUACACAAACUAGUUGCGCCUAGAAUUUCAGUGCAACCGGUCAAAUAUGAGCCUAAAAAUCCAGCAGGUUUGGAAAGCGACUUUGAGGUGAAUUCAGGACCUGAAGAUGAUGACAAAAGUGGAAAUUUUGACUGUAUUCAUGAGUUUUUCGGAAAAAGUAAAAAUGAAAUGAAAAUAAUUAACAACAAUUCAUCGGAAUUGUGGGAAGUGGGAUUUGAGCCCGUCAGCCAAACAGGGAAACUACCGUCUAUCACUACUCGUAUUAAGGAGGCCGAGAAUGCAAUGAAAAAUCAAGACACCAAUUUGGAGGGAUAUUUUGACGAAAAAAUGAACGACCACCUAUUGAUGGAGGACGAUUAUGGAGAUUUGGAAAGUGAUGAAAGUAGUCCAGUGCGACUAAAACGUGACGCUGAAGAAAACCACGAUAAAAAGGACAAAGUUUAUUAUGUUUUAGGUCAAACUUAUGAUUCAGCAAAAAUGAAAAUCGACGAAAAUUUAAAGGAUCAACAAUUUAAGAUUUUGAAAGAACGUCUUCUUCACAAAAAGGUGUUUGACUUUAUCAACAAAAACAACAAACUAAUUAGUAAGCGUAAAAUUCGAAGUUUAUUAGGAAAGACUUCUUAUAGCGACAGAUACAAAUCUCUGACAGAGGGUUUAAAGAUCUGGAAACCUUCCGAUAUUUUAACUUUGAAAAGUCCAUCUAAGAAAAAGUCAAAAAGAAGCAUCGAUCAUGAUGUUGACUCCGUCGAAAACGAAAUCGGAAGUUUUAUGAACGAGUUAAUGAAAGACCCGAAGAUGAUUCAACCUAAACUUGAUAUGAACCACGGCGACUAUCAGUUGGUGUUUCCAAACAGCGACAAAAUACAAGUUGUCGAAAAUAAAGGUGACACGGAAGUGAAGUUGGUGCUUCACGGAGAAGAAGAGGCGACUUGUGCUACAACAAAUAAAGAAGAAUCAGAACAUACGACGAAAAGUAACAUUCAGAAAGUUUCAAAGAAACACAUGGGUGACGUCUGGGACAAGCUUGUUCACAAGCUGUCGAAAUUUUUUCACGGUUUGGGUAAUAAAUUGAAAAAAUGCAUAAUGGAGGAUUUAUUGAGCGGCGUUUAAUUAUUUGUGUUAA